UAUUGUGACUUAGAGUAAAGAGCAAUAGAUCGUUUGACACUUUAAACAUAUGACCAUGAUGAUAACUUAUUAUUGUGAAGACCUCAGAGAAGAUAAUAAUCAUGUUAUUAGAACGCUUGCUUAUCAAACCACGAAGAUAGUGAAUAGUAGGUAGGAAUCGGAAACAAACGCGACGAUAUUCUUGUGGUUUUUUAUUUUUUCCGUUUCAUAGAAGCUCUCAUGUUAAAUAUAAAAAGAUAUAUUGUUGAAAGAUACAGUCUAUUACAAGUUCUUGUAGUUAGAAAAAUAACAGAAUCGUCAUUUUGUAUCGUUUUAAAACAUUAAAUUGAAGUCCGUGUUUAAGUUAUUCAUAUUCUACUUUACCUAUGGAUAUGUAAUCUUUGUGACGUAAAUACAUCACGAGAGUAAUAGAAAGUAAUACUCGAACUGGAUGUGUUGCGUAAAGAAAAUUAUAAUCGACGUGCCGCGUAACGUGAGUGUCUGGAUAAAACUACUAUUGCUGUCUUUUGCGUUGUCAAUCAACGUACGUUUUCAGGAUAAUUAAAUAACAGCAAAUAUUUGUCGAAUCUUUGUAUCGGGAAAGAGUGUAAAGUUAAGAAGAGGUUAAGGGAGAGGUUAAGAUUUUACUGACUGCCUUUGUGACAAGGACGAGGUGUAUGCGAAUUUCACAUAGAUGGCUGAUCAAACAGCAAAGAUCAAGAUUUGCGUGGUCGGUGGCGGCGCGGCUGGCUUGUGCGCAAUCAGGCACCUGGUGGGAAAUUCGAAAUUCGAUAUAACGGCCUACGAGCAAACAAACGAAAUAGGAGGUACAUGGGUUUACGUGGAGCAAGUUGGGCUAGAUGAGAACGGCUUACCGAUUCACUCCAGCAUGUAUCAGAAUUUAAGAACUAAUUUACCCGUAAGGAUUAUGAACUUCCCGGAUUAUAUGACAAUGGAAGCGCAAGAACCUAGUUGCGUGAGUCAUCAAGAGGUUUUGAAUUAUCUGAAAGAUUACACCAAGCAUUUUGAUAUACGUCGACACAUUCAUUUUAACACGAAAGUGGAAUACGUUCGAUUUGAACCAUCUGAAGAUUGUAAUUGCGAUAGAUGGCACGUACGAGUGAAAAAUUUAAAAACGAACGAAACGGAAGUCCGGUACUUUGACGCAAUUAUAAUUUGUAAUGGACAUUAUUUCAAUCCUUAUGUACCAAUUAUACCCGGUAUCGAGAGUUUUUCAGGUUUAAUAUUACAUAGUCAUGCGUACAGAAAGCCAGAAGAGUUUUCUGGGAAAACUGUGUUAGUGUUGGGUGCUGCUUCAUCUGGUAUCGAUAUAGGAAUCGAUUUGUCGGAUCAUGCAACUCGCGUGUACUUAAGUCACAAUAACGAUCGAUUAACAGGUGUUUUACCAUCGAAUAUGACACAAGUCAUGGGAGUCGAUAGUAUAAAUGGAACUACUUUUUACCUUAAAGACAAAUCCACGGUUAAUGCUGACGCUUUCAUUAUGUGCACUGGGUACAAAUACAGUUUUCCUUUUUUGGAUGAGAAUUGUGGCAUACGAGUGGACGAUAAUUAUGUAAUGCCACUUUACAAACAUCUCGUCAAUAUUGAACAUCCUACGAUGUGCAUCGUCGGAAUACCUACGAUAGUUCUACCAUUUCCCAUGUUUCAUAUGCAGGUACAAUAUUUCCUAGCUUUGUUAGAGGGCCGAGUGACAUUACCUGCAAAAUCUGUGAUGCUCGAGGAUUCGACUUUAAAGACCUUGAGAAAGAGACACGCACACAGAUUAAUGGAUCAGCAGUGGGAUUACUUCGAUUCGUUGGCGACUGCUGCUGGAUUUGAACGAUUAUCGCCGUUCUAUAAACUCGGCUACAUAGCAUGGUCAUUUCAGAGGCAUGCAAAUCUCUUGCGUUAUAAAGACUCCAAAUUUAUUGUUUCUGAAGAUGGAAAGAAUGUUGAAUUAAUUCUACCUGAUUAAUUACAUUUCAUAUAAAGUUAUAUGACAUUAAGAGUUUUCUAAUAAUUAUAUCGAAAUUAGUCAGUAAGGAAUUUUGCAUUUGCAAAUAGGAUAGACAGGAUAUUGAACACAAUACGUAUGUUUGUUCGUGUUCAUAUAAAACUUAUCAAAUUCAACAAAAAAGCCUUGCAUUUUGCAAACAAGCACGAUCAAUAUUGAGAUAUUAAUAAAAAAAAAUUAACAUAUGGGUGAACGUGAUGAAGCGGAAUGAGCUUUUUAGAUAAAGUCUCAUCCAAGAAGUCUAAAUCUGUCAAUGAUCUCUUGGCAAUAGUGAAUGCUUCAUAAUGUUGAAUUAUCCGAUCAAACGUUACUACAAUACUGGAACAUCAUUUUUUUACGACAGGAACCUUUCUGCACAUGCGUAAAGUGACGUAACACUUACCCACAGCUCGAUGUAGCACUUACCAAUGACAAAUAUAGGCGCAGCAUAAGGACCGCAUAAAAUACCUGGCUGUCUGUCCGUUGCAGUCUGUCCGCGUUUCUUUCGUGAAUGGCUAGGGUUAAGUGUGAUAAGCUCUUUGCGCAUUUUUGCGAAAAAACAUAGACACUUAUUGAAGCUAAAGAAUGAUAUUUUCCUAUAAUAUCCUAUAAUGUCAGUUUAAAAUAAAUAUAAUUUAAUACAUGAAAAUUAUGAUUAAAAUCGAUUAUUUUUGAAAAAAUACCACUUUGUCUAAAAUUUUAUUUUUUAAUAUUAAGAAAAAUUAAGCAAAAUUCUUUUAGGAUUGUGUAGUCAAAGUCAUAAGUUUCAAUAUUGCUGUCUUGGAUUUUUUGUCUUUUUAAAAAGUUGUAUUUAUAGAAUAUAAGAAUAUAAGAAAAUCCACACAUAUCUUAUGGAAAUGUACCCCCGAUUAAAUUGACUGAAAUUGCAGUAUGUUGUUGUCCUCGACGUCCCGAACUAAAAUGUGAAUGGGCACACCUCUCUGAAUGCAAUACUUUUAUGUCCAGAGAGGUUUAAAUUGGGAAGCUUUCAAUACAAACCUAUGGGUAUACCAUGCUUUUUCACGAAGCAAAAUGAAUAUAUUUCUCUAUAUAUGCAUAUGUAUAUUCACAUUUUCAUGUGCGUGCGCAUAUGCGUGUGUGCACACAUACACACACACAUACACACACACACACACGAAUAUGUAAAUAUAUAUAUAUAUAUAGAGAGAUAUAUUCAUUUUGGUUCGUGAAAAAACACGGUGCAUCCAUAGGUUUGUAUUCCCAGAUAGCCAAAUCUGCGCGAACAGAUUUCGAGCAGAGCUUGCUAUCAACUUUUGAUGGCAAAUAGAUAACAAAUUUGAUGCAGAAUCUGUUAUAUCAAAUUUUGUUGCCUAGGUUAAUUGCCGCUAGAUAUGCGGCAGAGCUUGUUGUCGGAUAAUUGCUGCAGAUUUGCAGCAAAAACCGCGCAGAGCUUGUAGCGAUUUGACGGCAGAUUGGCGGCAGAAACUGCGCAGAUUUUACUGCGCUGUAAGCUUUACGUGGUUUUUGCUACAAAUUUGGCACCAACAGCAAAAUCUGUCGCCAAAACCGUAGCCUAAUGUAGACACAGGUCUAAUGUAGACAAUGGCUAUGGUUUUGCUAUGGGUUUUUGAUAAAAUGUGCUGCCAAUCUGCGCGCAGUCCUCACUCAAUUUGCUUACUGGGUUGAGAGCUUCCCAAUUUAAAUCUCUCUGGACGGAAAAAUAUUGCAUUUAGAGAAUUGUGUCCAUUAACAUUUUUGUUUAGGACGUCAAGGGUAACAACAUACUGCAAUUUCAGUCAAUUUAACCGGGAGUAUAUUUCCAUAUGAUGUGUGCGGGAUCCUUUUUAGGCAUUUUUUUAUCUGAUCACGAUGGCUACUAUACUAAAACUCAAAUCGAAGCAGUAUUUCAAGAGUAUGAAUAAGUCUUCUCUAAACUAUAAUAUAUUAUGCUCAAAAACUACUACAUGCUUCAAUUUCGCUCGAAAAAAUCGGGUCAAAAUGACCUAAUAUGCACUCGAAGGGUUAACUCAGAUAGGACAAUGAAUUCUUUAAAUGUUCCUAAAUGUUUUUUCCUUUCUUGAAUUGUACUUCUCAAGGAAUUCGUAGAAUACUUUAAGAAUGAUUUAGGAAGUUACAUGCACUAUGAUUGGAGUUCCUCAGAACUUCUUAAAGUAUUUAUGUAGAGUUAUACUAUAUGAACAUAGACGCAUACUUUAUGAAUUCAAGAAGAAUAAUGUUUAUAUCAAUGACAUAUAUACAUAGACUAAACAUUCUCUCCAAUAAGUGAAGCCGAAAGUUGACAGUUUGUGACAGAGAGAAAAAAGAUGUUUUGCAUCUACUGUUUUCUCACUCUUGUUUAGAGCGACUGUCAAUCUUGCACUCUUUACACUUGGGUUCUUCGUUCUCACUUCUUUCAGCGUCCAAAUAAUAUGCAUCCAUUUUGUUCUAAGUGCGAAAAGUGCAAGCAAUAUGGACAGAGUCGCCAUGUAUAUACUAUAGUAGUCAAAUUAAGUGAAUGUUUGUAGACAAAUAUGUCAAACAAAAAAAGUAAAAUAUAAAGAAAAUAUAACCAUUAUUAUCUUAAUUAUUUAAUAUUUAUUAUUCGUACCUUUUCUUUCAAAAUUUACAGCUAAGAGGUUAGAUAAGUAUUGCUCUUGUCAUAGAAGCCAAGAGUGAGAAAGUAGUAGACGCAAAUCAACUUUCUCUCUCAGUCACAAAUUGCGAAUUCCCGGCUUCGCUCGCUGCUAUUGUAAAAGUGAUAUGAAUGCUUGGUCUAGGUAUACAUGUCGUUGGUUUAUACAUAGAAAGAGAAGUGAAAACCCAGUAAACACUAAUUAACAUCACAUAAUUAAGUAACAUAAUAUUAAUGUUAUAAUUUCCAAUAAUAUGAAUGCAACAUAUACACACACACACACAUAACACGCGUUAGAGGAAGUUGUCCCAGUACCGUACACCUAAGCGUUUUGUCAUUUUUGUACAAAACUUGUUAAUGAAUUAAAAGAAAUAGAAAUCUUGAAGAUAGAGAACAACAUGAGUAAUAAAAUUGUACAAAAGUAACAUUGAAAUAAUUUGUUUUUAAUAGCGUAAUUUUAAGUUUUCUAAAAUGAUAGAAAUUAUGUCGUUUAAAAAAUUGUUCCCAAUAUCGGAUACAUUACUUAAAAGACAGAAAUAUAACCAAAGUUAAUAUAUACGCAAAAAUUAAAUAGUGGGAGAUGAUUUCAGACAUUGCUACAAUGUUCACACACUAAGUACGCUAUAUUGUCGCUGUCAGCACACGCAACGUGAGCCCAACCACCACAGGUGUAACACUGCACUCUCAAAGGCUCUCCAUAAAUAAAGCAUUUAGUCUCUUGCAGCAUUUAUGCAAAGUAUUACUGUAAUGUUUCUUCUGCGUUUACCCGAUGUGAGUGUCCUAACUUGUUUUUUCUCUUCAUGGACAAAACUUUUAAGUUGUUUCUAGAUAACCAAACCUGCGCGAGCAGAUUUUGCGCAGAGUCUGUUAACAGUGUCUGUAAACAGAAUGGUAAAAAAUUGCACACAGCAUUUAUUCUGAUGAUAGAUUGGUAACAGACUGCGUGCAGAGUAUGCCGACAGACUUUGACGACAGACUGGCGGCAGGUUGCGCGCAGAUUCUAUUUCGUAGAUACGAUAUUUAAUUCUAUCAAGGACCAUAUGUACGUUAUUAAAUGGGGUAGUUUCACAUGCACACCAUGUAAAACUCCGAGAGGAGUCAAGAUAAUUACAUUGUGCAAUAAUUGUACACAUAUACACAAUAAAA